AAAUUAAUUACGGUCUUUGAAUAAAUGGUCUUCACACAGUUCGCGACGAGCCAGGCAGCCCAAACUGCUUGCACAGAACGCAAGAGAAGUGACAACUGUACCGGUGGCAUUAUUACAAUGUUGUUUAUCAUAUUGCAAACGUGUAGAUGAUGGACUUACGUUCCAGUAGUUAAGGCUACAAAGCUGUUCUCUCGGCAGUCUGCUCUCUGCUACUCUCAGUAACGUUACUCUGCUGUUCGCAACACGUUUUGAUUCGGAAACAACGUGGUCUUGUUGUCUUCCGGGUUGUGGAACCUUUCUUUCGGCCGCCGGAGGAAAUGACGGACAGUGUUGUCCGACGGACCAGCAGCAUCCGCCGGAGUUGUCAAUACAGAACACGUGUUUUCAACCGGUGAUCAAACUUCGCACAUACAACUAAAACAUGCCGAAGGCGGGGAAAGGUAAACCAACUCAGAAGGAGAAGGUGUGUCAUCCCUAUAGCAGGAAAGCUGCUUACCUGGCCAGCCAGGAGAUACGUCUGGGAAAGAAGGAGAGACAAAAGAGUGAGAAGUCCACUCGUCUCAACAGCAUUGGUGAUAAGCUGCAGUGGUUUCAGAGCCAGCUGGACUCUGAGAAGACAGAGUUCACCAAACAGGAUGCCUGUCACAUCAUAGAGAGGUACCUGCAGAGGUUUGACGGGGAGUUGGACCAGAUAGAGCUAGUGAACGGGAUCAAAGGUCGUCAGGGUCGUCUCCAUGGCAGCAGGGAGACCGUCAUCAAACAGACUGUUGAGCGAGAGACCGCUCUGUACCAUGGCAACGGCUUCGAGAUUCCAGACAUCAUCAACUCUAAACAUCUCAAGACCUUCAGGGAGUGGAGCGGCGAUCUAAAGAAGCUUCCCAACAUCAAGAUGAGGAAGUUCUCUUCCCGAGGGACGGACAGAACAGGAGGAGGAGAGGAGGAGGAGACCGCUGGAGGAGAGGAGGAGGAGGAAGACACCGCUGGAGGAGAGGAGGAGGAGACCGCCAGAGGAGAGGAGGAGGAGGCCUUAAUGAAGGACUCAGAUUCAGACGCCCAGGAAGAUGCCCCAUAAUGCUUUGCAUGUUAGAACUCUGGGGAUGUCAGCCAUCCUACCUGACUGGGGUUAAGACAACCUGUGUGUGUGUGUGUGUGUGUGUGUGUGUGUGUGUGUGUGUGUGUGUGUGUGUGUGUGUGUGUGUGUGUGUGUGUGUGUGUGUGUGUGUGUGUGUGUGUGUGUGUGUGUGUGUGUGUGUGUGUGUGUGUGUGUGUGUGUGUGUGUGUGUGUGUGUGUGUGUGUGUCCCAAUACAGACAUCUAAUAAACCUAAAUACAGACCGAAACUGUUGUUCUGUUUCAU